AUGGCGGCGCCCUUAGCGCGGCAGCUGGAGGAGCUGCUCAACCCCCGGCCCAGCUUACGCGACCCCGAGGACGACGCGGAGGAAGCUACAGUUGCUAAAGUGAUUGACAAAUUUGAGGAUGAAACUGCAGAUGACAUUUUCCCUGUUGGUAAUAUACGGAAAAAAGUUUCAGCCUCUCUCUUGGAAGCUGAUAAAAGGUACAGUGGAAAAGCUACAUCUCGCAAAGCUUUGCAAGAAGAACUCUGGGGAGAUGCUCUGUCUGAAGAAGGGUCUGCAGAAGAAGCAUUAGAUGAAUGGUACAGCGGCAGUGAAGAUUCAGAAGAGAAUGGCAGCUUAGGCACUAAAACAAAGGAGAAGCCCAGCAGUGCUGGCAGUGACCAGGAGGAUGACUUGGAAGACGAUGAAGAGACAGAUCCAUCUGUCAAGGCCAAGGCAUCGAAGUUCAGUUUCCAGAAUAUCACAGACUUUGAGAAAUUUACAGAGGGGAUGGAUGAUGUAGGAAGCAGUGAAGGGGAAGACGAAGAUGAUGCCAGCAUGGAAGAAGGGAGCGAUGAGGAGGAAUAUGGGAGUGAAAACCAUGACAAUAUAAAGGAAACCAAAGACAGCGAAGAUGAUGGGGGGAUGAUGACAUUCUCAAAAGGACAAGAGGCUGAAGAAGUAGAAAAAGGAAAAGCUGUGAAGAACCAGCUAGCACUGUGGGAUCUACUAUUGGAAGGGAGAAUCAAGAUGCAGAAGGCGCUCGUAACAGCCAACCGGCUUCCACAGCCAGAUACUUACCCAAUCUUCAGAAAAGAAGGUGGACAAGAAUUUGACAAUGCUGUCGAGAACUGUUGUAAAGCCCUGGAGGCAUUGCUGAAAGUAUUAGUGGACCUUCAGGAUGAGCUGCUUUAUCAAUACCCAGGCACGAGGCAUCUGGUAGAUGGAAAGCAAUCAAGAACUGAAAGUGAUGAUGAAAUCCCUAGCAGUAGUGAUGAAGAGCAAGUGGAUAAGGCUCAGGAGAAGAGGAGGAGCCUCCCCAAACGAAAGCUAAAGAUGGAGGACUACCCAGAAUUCAUAGCCAAGCGGUACGCUGACUUCAGGACGUAUCGGAACAACGUCUUGCAAAAGUGGCAUGACAAGACAAAGCUGGCAUCUGGCAAAAUGGGAAAGGGUUUCGGUGCCUUUGAGCGUUCAAUCUUGACUCAGAUUGAUCAUAUUAUGAUGGACAAAGAGAGAUUACUACGGCGGACACAGACCAAGCGAUCAGUGUAUACAGUGCUGGGAAAGCAGGAACAGGAAUCUCAUCCGGUCCCUGAAUCUUUGCCUGAAAAUUCGGAAGUCCUCCCUCAGUCAGAUUCCAACAGGCACCUGAAGGACAUAGACGAGGAGAUAUUCGAUGAUGAUGACUUUUAUCACCAGCUCCUUCGAGAACUUAUAGAACGUAAAACCACUUCAUUGGACCCCAAUGACCAGGUAGCAAUGGGCAGGCAAUGGCUGGCCAUCCAGAAGUUACGAAGCAAAAUAAAGAAAAAAGUGGACAGAAAAGCCAGUAAAGGAAGGAGAAUCCGGUAUCAUGUCCAUAGCAAGCUGGUGAGCUUCAUGGCACCUAUUGACCACUGUACAAUGAAUGAUGAUGCCAGGACGGAGCUUUAUCGUUCGCUGUUUGGAAAAAUGACGAGUCCCGAAGAACCCGAGCAGAAUUAGCGUCGGGCCUUCGCGCCAGGAUUGACCGCGCCGGCAGCGCUCCGCACCGCACCGCACCGCACCGCACCGCACCGCACGCCCCCGGCCCGGCCGGAGUGCGAGGGGCACCGCUCCCUGCGCCGGACGCUGCCCCGGCUCGUGACAUCUCCUCCGUCUGGGCAGCUGCUGGCCCUGCCCUCCUGUGGUCGCUGGGUGCUGCCGGGGAGCACCCCGAGCAAGGUCUCUCCAGCUCUGGUUUGUUCCUGAAAGCCUCCCGGAGGGAACAUCAAAUACGGUUACUGCUAAAUCACACAGGCUCAGAAAGAAGAGGG